GGUGUGGCAUUGUGCCUAAAGGUGGACCCCUUCAAGUGCUCCAACAUCCACACCCUUGGCUGGAGCAUCUUGAUGUCUGCCCUGAGUGGCAUCACUGAUCAACAGCCGGUGUCGUCCCGGUUGGGUGAUAAAAGUGUUCCGAGGUUCAGCCUCUGUAGAGGAACGACGUACAGAGCACCGGUCCCAACUUGCAUCCAUGUGGUUCUCGUGCCUCCGGGUCAGCUCAGGCGCUCUGCAGGAAUCCUGGGCAGAAGCGAGGGGGUCCAGCCCGUGCCGUGACACGCGGUGCGGACCACCCGAGGGCUGUGGCUGCCCCUGGCUGCAGACCCAUUGUGGCCACGCGGAUUUGUCUGCCCACCACUGCUGUACUGAGGCCCAUUGGAACAGAGUAGCAGCCUACAGGCUCGUGCCGCCAUUUUUGGUGUGAGGAAUCUGAGAUGAGAAUAGUUAGAUGCUGAUGAUCUUGACACAGUUGCUUUCUUAUGUAUGCUGACAGGGUAAAAAGCUUGAACAUGCCUCGUAGCCCAACAUCAAGCGAAGAUGAAAUGGCACAAAGCUUUUCCGACUAUUCUGUUGAAUCUGAAUCAGACAGCUCCAAAGAAGAAACUAUUUAUGACACAAUUAGAGCAACCGCAGAAAAGCCAAGCAGCAGAAUGGACGACAGUCAGAGCAACACUCUAGUGAUUCGAAUUAUAAUACCUGAUCUACAGCAAACAAAAUGCAUUAGAUUUAACCCAGAAGCUUCAGUGUGGGUUGCAAAGCAACGAAUUUUGUGCACUUUGAAUCAGAGUUUGAAAGAUGUCCUGAAUUAUGGACUGUUCCAGCCUGCAAGCAAUGGUAGAGAUGGGAAGUUUUUGGAUGAGGAACGACUUCUUAGGGAAUACCCACAGCCAGUGAAUAAAGGAGUUCCUUCCCUAGAGUUUCGAUACAAGAAAAGAGUAUACAAACAGUUCAAUCUUGAUGAAAAACAACUGGCCAAGCUUCACACAAAGGCUAAUUUGAGAAAAUUUAUGGAUCAUGUCCACCAUCUCUCAGUGGAAAAAAUCACAAAAAUGUUGGACCGAGGACUGGACCCCAACUAUCAUGACCUAGAAAGUGGAGAAACACCACUAACUUUGGCAGUUCAGCUUGACAAUGCAGUAGAAGUGAUAAAAGCUCUGAAAAAUGGAGGAGCGCAUUUAGACUUCAGAGCCAAAGAUGGAAUGACAGCUCUGCACAAAGCAGCUAGAGCCAAGAACCAAGUAACCCUCAAGACUCUUUUAGAGCUUGGAGCAUCUCCUAACUACAAAGACAGCUGUGGCCUGACACCCCUGUACCACACUGCUGUGGUGGGAGGGGAUCCCUACUGCUGUGAACUGCUACUUCAUGAACACGCUACAGUCAGCUGCAAAGACGAAAAUGGAUGGCAAGAAAUUCAUCAGGCUUGCCGGUAUGGACAUGUCCAACAUCUGGAGCAUCUUCUCUUCUAUGGCGCAGACAUGUGUGCGCAGAACGCGUCAGGAAAUACGGCGCUGCACAUCUGUGCCCUUUACAACCAAGAGAGUUGUGCCAGAGUGCUGCUCUUCCGGGGAGCAAACAAGGAGAUUAAGAAUUACAACAGCCAGUCUCCAUUUCAGGUGGCUAUAAUAGCGGGAAAUUUUGAGCUCGCUGAAUAUAUCAAGAACCACAGGGAAGCUGAUAUUGUGCCCUUUAGAGAGGCUCCUACCUACUCAAACAGAAGGCGGAGACCCCCAAGCACCUUAGCAGCACCUCGUAUCUUACUUCGUUCCAACAGUGACAACAAUCUGAACAUCAACAACCUCCCUGAGUGGUCAGCCUCCUCUUCUGCCUCUUCCCAUCGCAGCCUUUCACCUCAUCUACUUCAACAGAUGCAGAAUAAUCCUAAUGGAACUGUGAAAACUGUGGGGAGUUACACUCCAUCCUCCCGAAGCCGGUCACCAUCCCUAAACAGGUUGGGAGAGGAUGCCAAACGGCAGCAGCACAGGCACAUCAGUGCCGUUUACGGUCCUAGUGCCAACAAGGAUACUCUGUCUGCCUUGGAUUAUCAGGGUCCAAAGCGCAAGCUUUACAGUGCUGUACCUGGAAGACUUUUUAUUGUUGUAAAGCCAUAUCAACCUCAAGGAGAAGGGGAAAUUCAUCUGCACAAAGGAGAUAGAGUAAAAGUUUUAAGCAUUGGUGAAGGUGGAUUCUGGGAAGGCAGCACCCGGGGACAUAUUGGAUGGUUUCCUGCAGAAUGUGUUGAAGAAGUUCAGUGUAAACCAAAUGAAAGCAAACCAGAAACACGGUCAGAUAGAACAAAGAAGCUGUUUAGACACUACACAGUUGGAUCCUAUGACAGCUUUGAUGCUUCAAGUGACUGCAUAAUAGAAGAAAAGGCAGUGGUCCUGCAGAAAAAAGACAAUGAAGGAUUUGGAUUUGUGCUCAGAGGGGCAAAAGCUGACACACCAAUUGAAGAAUUCACCCCAACUCCAGCCUUUCCUGCUUUGCAGUACUUGGAAUCUGUGGAUGAAGGGGGAGUAGCAUGGCAAGCUGGCCUGAGAACCGGGGACUUUUUGAUCGAGGUUAACAAUGAGAAUGUAGUGAAAGUUGGCCACAGGCAGGUGGUGAACAUGAUUCGACAAGGGGGCAAUCACCUAGUUCUAAAGGUUGUCACAGUAACCAGGAAUCUUGAUCCAGAUGACACAGCUAGAAAGAAAGCCCCACCACCGCCUAAGCGAGCUCCAACCACUGCACUGACCUUGCGGUCUAAGUCAAUGACCUCAGAGCUUGAAGAGCUUGUGGAUAAAGCUUCAGUACGGAAGAAGAAGGAUAAGGUGGAUGAAAUAGUACCAGUUUCCAAGCCAUCAAGAAUUGCAGACAAUGCAACUGUGGACUCAAGAGUGGCAACUAUUAAACAGCGGCCUUCUAGUAGAUGUUUUCCCUCAGCUACAGAUAUGAAUUCCAUGUAUGAGAGACAGGGUAUUGCUGUGAUGACGCCCACUGUACCAGGGAGUCCUCAAGGUCCUUUUCUGGGUAUACCUCGGGGUACAAUGAGAAGACAAAAAUCUAUAGGAAUAACAGAGGAAGAACGGCAGUUUUUGGCUCCUCCUAUGCUGAAGUUUACCAGAAGUCUUUCAAUGCCUGACACCUCUGAAGAUAUCCCACCACCACCACAGUCCUUACCACCUUCACCACCACCACCUUCUCCCUCUCUGUACAACUCUCCCAAAUCCCCAACAUCAAGGAGCUAUGGAACUAUUAAACCUCCAUUUAAUCAGAAUUCAGGUGCAAAAAUUUCUUUGGUUAGGCCUGAAAAUGUGGGAACUAUGAUAAGGGACAAAGGGAUCUAUUACAGACGAGAACUGGACCGCUACUCUCUGGACUCUGAGGAUCUGUACAGUCGGAGUGCCACAUCUCAGGCAAAUUUCAGGAACAAGAGGGGUCAGAUGCCAGAAAACCCAUAUUCUGAGGUCGGGAAGAUUGCAAGCAAAGCAGUGUACGUGCCAGCCAAACCAGCGAGACGGAAGGGGAUGCUGGUGAAACAAUCCAAUGUUGAAGACAGUCCAGAAAAGACCUGCUCUAUUCCAAUCCCAACAAUUAUUGUGAAAGAGCCAUCCACCAGCAGCAGCGGGAAGAGCAGCCAAGGGAGCAGCAUGGAAAUCGAUCCUCAGUCUUCAGAGCAACCUGGGCAACUCCGACCCGAUGACAGCCUAGGUGUCAGCAGUCCAUUUGCAGCAGCCAUUGCUGGAGCAGUAAGGGACAGGGAAAAGCGGCUGGAAGCAAGGCGUAAUUCUCCAGCCUUCCUUUCCACAGACCUAGGAGAUGAGGAUGUUGGGCUAACACCACCAACACCACGUAUGAGGCAAUCUAAAUUUGCUGAUGAAGCAAUGUUUAGUAGUGAAGAUGGCUUUAGACAGCUUAUGUCACCAUCUCCAAUUCCUGCACCUAGAGAGCCUGAAAAUCUUUUUAAUAGCAGUGAACCCAGCAAUCAAAGUGAUUCAAGGACAUUAAAUGCUUCGUCCAAAACGAAAGGUACUGAAAACAGUACAGUGGCAGCUAAGCCCACGAAUGCAUCCAGCUCAGAUAAUUACGUUCACCCAGUCACAGGAAAGCUAUUAGAUCCAAACUCACCACUAGCCCUCGCUCUCUCUGCCAGGGACAGAGCCAUGAAAGAACAAACACAGCAGAUUCCAGGCAAAGGGGACACUGUUAAGCCUGACCUUAAUAAACCACUUUACAUCGAUACAAAGCUGAGACCCAAUAUUGAAACGACAUUUCCUGUUACUGCUACUGUCACUAGGCAAAAUACUCGCGGCCCAUUGCGAAGGCAGGAAACUGAGAACAAGUAUGAAACAGAUGCAGGGAAAGAAAAGAAGGCUGAAGAGAAGAAAAACAUGUUGAUAAACAUUGUGGAUACUUCACAGCAGAAGUCAGCUGGCUUGUUAAUGGUUCAUACCAUGGACACAGCAAAGUCGGAUGAUGCACCUGAAGAUGAAGAGGAAAAAAGAGCUGAAAUGGAACCAAACCCUGAAAACUCCCCACCAGAGAGGCCAGAGGGAAGUGAGGAAGCAGAAAGUGAGCUGGAUGUGCCUGCUGCACCUGAGCCACCGGCAUCUCCCUGCAAAACCAUCGUAGCAGCGAGCUCUGUCGACGACCCAGUCAUCUUGCCGUUCCGCAUCCCCCCACCACCCUUAGCAUCAGUUGAUAUUGAUGAAGAAUUUAUUUUUACUGAGCCACUACCACCCCCCUUAGAGUUUGCCAACAGCUUUGAUAUCCCCGACGACCGCUCAGCUCCCGGUUCGGCUCUAACAGACUUGAUUAAGCAAAGAAAAAACGGCACACCUUCACCCGCGCCAUUUGCCCCCAGCCAGUCAACAAAUUCCUUAGACAGUAAAAAGCAAGUGGGUCUUUCAAACUGUUUGCCUGCCUCCUUUUUGCCACCUCCUGACAGCUUUGACAACGUCACUGACUCUGGGAUUGAGGAGGUAGACAGUCGGAGUAGUAGUGACCAUCACUUAGAGACAACCAGCACUAUCUCAACAGUGUCCAGCAUCUCUACCUUAUCCUCAGAAGGGGGUGAGAACGUGGAUACUUGUACAGUCUAUGCAGAUGGGCAAACAUUUCUGGUGGACAAACCCCCAGUACCUCCUAAGCCAAAAAUGAAGCCCAUAAUCAACAAAAGCAAUGCACUUUACAAGGAUGCGCUAAUUGAAGAAACUGUAGACAGCUUUGUUAUUCCUCCUCCCGCUCCGCCCCCACCUCCAAUCAGUGCACAGCCCAAUAUGGCUAAAGUUGUUCCCCAAAGGACAUCUAAGCUAUGGGGUGAUGUGACGGAGGUGAAAAGCCCAAUUCUCUCAGGCCCAAAGGCUAAUGUUAUUAGUGAAUUGAACUCAAUACUCCAGCAAAUGAACAGAGAGAAAUCCUCAAAGCCAGGGGAAGGAUUGGAGUCACCUACUGGAACAAAAACUGCAAGUCUCAGUACAAGGAGCACAGAAGUCAUGAGUACUGUCUCAGGUACACGAAGUACAACAAUCACUUUUACUGUCCGACCUGGAACCAGCCAGCCGAUCACACUGCAGAGCAGGUCCCCAGACUAUGACAGUAGGACCUCAGGAGCAAGACAUGCUCCAAGCCCUGUGGUUUCACCAACAGAGAUUAAUAAAGACAUCAUGCCUGCUCCUCUGACUGCUUCUGCUUCAGCUUCAUCUCCUUCUCCAACUUUGUCCGAUGUAUUUAGCCUACCCAGCCAGCCCCCUUCUGGGGACUUAUUUGGCUUGACCACAGGGCGCAGCAGGUCUCCUUCUCCCUCAAUAUUACAACAGCCAAUCUCAAAUAAGCCUUUUACAACUAAGCCUGUCCACCUGUGGACUAAACCAGAUGUGGCAGAUUGGUUGGAAAGUCUAAACUUAGGUGAACAUAAAGAAACAUUUAUGGACAAUGAAAUAGAUGGCACUCAUUUACCAAAUCUACAAAAGGAAGAUCUGAUAGACCUUGGAGUGACUAGAGUUGGGCACAGAAUGAACAUAGAAAGAGCUUUGAAACAGCUGCUGGACAGAUAAGAAUAGCUAUUUUGCCUCACAAACUUUUGUUGAUAACUAGAGAUGGGCUGGUACUGAAAUACCCCAAAUGCCUUGUCUGUCUGCGAGUGCCAGCAAAAUUAGGGGGGGGGAAAACAGUUUAAUUCCUGGUACUCAGGUAAUGCAGACUGUGUGCUACAUGCCCAAACAUAAAUCUAAAUAUGUACACGAGUGGGGCCAUUUUAUUUCAAAGUUGUGGGGAGAUAUGAGAGAGAGAGAGAAAAUUGUUAACUUUAAAAAUAUUACCAUCUAUUUAUAAUACCCUUCUGCUGGAACCAUUACAUACCAGUUUUCUUUCAUCUUAAAAUUGCAAGCAAUUUUAUUUUAUUUUUUUUAUUUGAAAGGCACUGUAUUCUCUUCUUGACAUUCAUUCAGUCUCCCAGCAGGCUUCCUUCCCCAACCCUUAGUUUAUUUUAAGAGGACAGAUUGCUUCAUUACUACUCAAAUCUGUUUUUGUUAGCAGAGGCAAACUAUUGCGACAGGUACGGGAGUUCAUAUCACUGUUUUUUACUAGUUUAGCUCUCUAUUUGUUGGCAGAGAAGCUGGUUGUUCUGCUGGAAUUAGUUCAAAGGUAACCUUGCUCUGUUUUACCUGGUAUUUCUUUAUUUCUGCAGUUAUACUUAGCACUCUUCCAAGGUGGCAGAACAAGUUCAACACAUGCUCCAUUGAUGUGACCUGUAAGACGAUGCAGAAGUUUCAUAAAAACUGAGAAGUAAUGCUCACUUAGAGGUACAAUAAAAUGAAGCUAGUUUGAACCUGAGACCCCCAGUUUUCAACCAGCUAAACUACUGCUAAGUUGCAAUAUGAACUCUACAAGC